AGCCCACCAUCAGUCAAACCAACAAAAAGUCGAGGCGUGACGUCAAAGUCGGAUUGCCCCCCCCCCGCCCAGUGCGCAGGUCAAACCACGCCGCCGCCCCCUUCUCCUGCUCUGGGGGGGUCUCUCGUGUUCAGCCCCCCCUGCCAGCAGGUACCUAUAAAUAACACCAGGAUGGUCUGCUGAGCCAUCGGCUCUCCGAAAAGCAGCCGGCGACAGCGGAAGGCAAAUGGCAUCUGAGCUGCUCGAGCACACCUGAAGUUACUGUUGAGUCAAGGCGCUAUAUCUGUCAGCACACCAGGAGUCAGAAGACCAAAAAACUCAUGAAAAGCUGCCUGCCUUCGUUCAGAUGGACCCCCGGGGGCUCGCUGGGGUCUCCGACACGUCUGACAUCGAGAGCUGGCGGCGAGUCGCCGUCAAUUUUGUUGCGCCCUUCACCUGCCAUUUAAGCUUCUGUCUGGUAAGCGACACUGUGCUCUCGAUCAAGAUGAAAGGCGCUAUAUAAUCGAACGACGGCCUUGAGGGUGUUCGUCGCCGUCAGAUGUUUCCAUUUCAUCUUCCUCCAUUUUACGUAAGUCAGGGUCCGGGUGUCUUUAUUCUGCAGCCCUCUCGCCCUCCUCUCCUCCACUUUAUCUCUGCCUGUCCGAAGAGAAGACGAACUCAAAAGCGCCGCUCCGACUUCAGCCCCCCAGUCUGAUGAGGACAAUUCCACCUUCUUCAUAGACAUGUCCGAGGAGACAGCCGGGCAGCUCAAUGGCUCCUCAUGCAACGAGUCGGGAUCGCCGAUCUGCCGGAACGCCUCGACCCCCGCGGCUCAGCCACCUCUCCUGAUGGACGCCUGGCUGGUGCCCCUGUUCUUCGCGCUCCUCAUGGUGGUGGGGCUGGCGGGUAACUCGCUGGUCAUCUACGUGAUCACGAAGCACAAGCAGAUGAGGACUGUGACCAACUUCUACAUAGCUAACCUGGCAAUGACCGACAUUAUCUUCCUCGUGUGCUGCGUGCCCUUCACUGCCAUGCUGUACCCCAUGCCCAGCUGGGUCUUUGGAGAGUUCAUGUGCAAGUUUGUCAAUUACAUCCAGCAGGUGUCUGCCCAAGCGACCUGCGUGACGCUGACCGCCAUGAGCGUUGACCGCUGGUAUGUCACAGUCUACCCGUUCCGCUCCCUGCGGCAGAGGACUUCGAGGGUGGCUGCCACUGUCAGCCUCGGGAUUUGGCUGGGCUCAUUCGUGGCAUCCAUCCCAGUGCCCGUGUACCACCGCAUCAGCGACGGCGAGUGGUUCGGACCACGGACCUACUGUGUGGAGGACUUCCCGAGCGCCGGCCACAAGAAGGCCUUCAUCCUCUACAACUUCCUGGCCGUCUACCUGCUCCCCCUGGUGACCAUCUGCAUUUGUUACACCGCCAUGCUCUACCAGAUGGGCCAUCCAGCUGUCGAGCCAUCGGACAACACCUACCAGGUUCAGCUACUGGCCGAACGCUCCGAAGCCAUGCGCACCAAGAUCUCACGGAUGGUGGCCGUCAUGGUGCUGCUCUUCGCCAUCUGCUGGGGUCCCAUCCAGCUCUUCAUCCUAGUGCAGGCCUUCAGCCGCGACUUCAGGCGCACCUACUCCGUCUACAAGGUGAAGAUCUGGGCGCACUGCAUGUGCUACUCCAACUCCUCGGUGAACCCCAUCGUCUACGCUUUCAUGGGGGCCAACUUCCGCAAGGCCUUCAAGAAGACCUUCCCCUUCAUCUUCAAGCAGCGCGUGGGUGACGCCAGCUUGGCCAACGGUGCUGCCAACACCGAGAUGCACUUUGUCUCCUCAGGGUCGUAGACAGAGAUGGGCUCAGCUCUGCAGAUUCUAAAGUGAAGGCAGGGCGCCCUCUGCUGGAGGUGACAUGUAAGCACGUGCUUUGGAGUUUGCCGUUUGCCACCAGGGAUUUCUGGCAAUUCACUUGCAGCCCUUCAGAAGAAGACACAUCUGCUGUCCUCACUGUCCUU